AGCUUUUCGCUGCUGGCUCAUUCGCACGUCUGUUUCGGUGGUCGCACAGCACAGCAGACCGGUCGUCCAUUACAGUAUUGCCAGUAGUCACUCCAGUGGCUUGCGACUCGCCGACUCGCCAGUUCUACUCUAAACAUACGCGCUCCGCUGUCUGCGCAACUCAACCACCAACAGGCGACCGCAAAGACUAUCAGUCAUCAGCACGGCGGAGCAUUCAAGCUCCAGAAAAAACGCAAAAAAUAUCCGUAUGCGGUGUGUUUACUUGGUAGUCGCACUGCAUAACACAGCACGCUAUUUAGCAAAACAACGGCAAGCAAACACAAACAAUUUAAGGUGCAUUAAUGUGUGUGAAUGUAACUAAAAAAAAAAUUGUUAAAAAUAAAAAUAAAAUUAAGAAUAAAGAUAAAGAUAAAGGAAAAGUACUAAUCAAGAAGUACAUUAGAAAAAAUAUCUACUUACAUAUGCCCAUACCCACGUACAUACAUAUGUUUUGUUAUAAAACAUAUUCUAAAGUGGCGGUUUCGUUUUUAAAUAAUUCAUCGAAAAUGUAUGCCGUGUUUAUAGAAAAUGAAAUGAAACAUUAGUGUAUAAAGUAUUUUAAGCCGAACAAACGUGCAACUAAAAAAUUAAAAUUUUUUAAUCAACGAAAGCGGGAACAAAUCAACUAUAAAAAGAGACAUCAUUUAAAAAGUGAGCGACGUGAUCGGAACGAUUUUCAAGCGGAGUAAUGUGGAAUUACUGUAUCUAAUAUUGCAAAAUUUUGGAUAGAAGGGCACAGAUUACAUUGCAGAUUCUAUCAGCAACAAAUUUUGAGUUGGUUGUGGGUAGUGUCGGGAUCGCCAUGCGGUAUCCAUGCACUCGAGAGUGUACGAUUAGCAUUCAUUACGACAAUAACUGCUUUUCCAGUAAGAUCAAUAACGUCAGCAAGAACGUAGAGCGAGUACUUCUAGUCUUACCUACUGCAACCACUGCAAUAACGCUAAUCUGCGCAAAACGGCGGCUUAAUGAAUAUUAAUCAGGAAAAGUCCAGUAACGGAUUCCAGCAGCGACAUCCAGCACAGCAAUAUCCGCAAGCACAACACUAUCCGCUCCCACUACCGGCAACACUACAGUCAGCGUCUGCUGCUGCCGCCGCCGCCAUUGCCUCUGGUCCACAUUCGCUAUCGACGAGCUCACAGCUGCAAGACCUCGAGCUUGAAUAUCUGAAGAAGGCGCACGCUCACGCUCAAGCUCAUGCGCAAGCACAGGCCGCUGCACUGGUCUACAGCUACGAGCGCCAACAGCUACAACAUCAGCAACACCAACAACAAUUGCAGCAGCAACAACAAGCGCUUGUGCGGCGCUCAAGCUCCGAUCACGAACUGUCCAACAAACGGAACGCCCAUCAUCAUCAGCUUAAUACAACAACAACCUCCACAGCGUCAAUGGUUAUGUCACCGAGUCGCCGUCCGUCGCCACCCCGCGCAGCAGCUCAUCCCAUGAAUAUGCAUCUGAGUUCAUUGGCCCAUGCGCAGAUGCAACUUCAAUCCCAAUUGCAUCAGAAGCUUUCGGCAGCGGCCUCGGUUGGGAACAGUUUGGCACCGCCAAAUCAUUUAAGCAAUUAUUUUCGCAAUCAGGCUUCUCCAGCUUGUGGUCUACCCCCACCACCGCCACUUCCAGCAACAUCCAACUCUAGCUCUAGCACAAUAAGCACGCAACAACAGCAUUCACCAGCCAGUUCGUCUUCCACCAGCGCGAGUACACCUGGUGGAAAUAUUCAGCAGUCUGUAAAUAUGAGCUCAUCUCACAACCCGCAUAAUCCACUUAGCCACUUGCAAAGCAUGCAACCUUUCGAUUUUCGCAAAAUAAGUUCUGCGGCGUUUGGUACUUUGCCACCUCUGCCACCAGCGCGGAUGAGUCCAAAUGAGCUGGCGCAUCAUCAGCACCUGCAGCAGCAGGCAGCGCAGCAAGCGGCAAUGCUAGCCCAAGCGCGCCGACGUAUCAACGAAGCUUCCACUCCAUCCGAGAAGAACGCGGCAGUCGCUGCAGCUGCGGCUGCUGCAGCCCAAAGCAACCAGUUCUUCAAUGCGAUGGCUAUGUCGGGACAUCCGCUGCCAUUUCCUCUACCGCCACCUCCACCACCACCGCCCACGCUCGGCCCACCUGGCACUUCUCCUACGGGUGUACCAACAGCAUCCAGCUUACCUCCGGGCUUGACUAGUAAUCAAGUAGCGGCGAUAGCUGCAGCGGCUGCAGCUUCUGGUAAUCCGAUGCCCCACAGUCUCCUGGCGUCACACUUUCCCACAAUCAAUCAUAACCUUAACAUAGGGAAGCAAGCUAUAAGAUCUAAAUCCCCAGAAACUGAAGAGACAAAGCUUUCUAUACAUCAGACCGAAAGUGGAAAUAUGGGACACUUACGCGAAGGGGCAGGCUCAUUGCACGGGCAACACCCACCUUCCCAUCGCCUCCAUCAUCACUCGGUUUCUCCACCCACUUCCAUUGGCUCUACCGCCAUCUCUAAUUCAUACCAAAGUCAGCAUCAUGAAUCUCGUCAAUCGCGAUCAAGUCACAUGGAUCAUUCGUCUUCUCAUUCCUCGCAGCGACUUACGCGAUUUUCCGCUGGUGUAAGCUUGCGCCCCGGACGGAAAUCUCAUUCGCCGGGCAAGCGUCAAUGGGGCACUUUACCAGCUAAUUUGGGCACACAGUUCAUUAAUCCGGUCACAGGCAAAAAACGCGUACAAUGCAACGUCUGCUUAAAGACCUUUUGUGACAAAGGUGCGCUGAAAAUCCAUUUUUCCGCGGUACAUUUGCGAGAGAUGCAUAAAUGCACAGUGGAUGGCUGUAGUAUGAUGUUCAGUUCUCGCCGAUCUAGGAAUCGCCACAGUGCCAAUCCGAAUCCAAAGCUACAUUCUCCACACCUCAGGCGUAAAAUAUCACCCCACGACGGGCGCACAGCUCAACCUCAUCCUUUGCUUUUACAACCACCGAACGGGCUAAUGGCGGGUCUCAAUCCAUUUGGUAGUUUUCCGCUACUCACACCACCGCCCGAUAUGAGACACCAUCAAAUGACUAGUAUGCACGAUAUCAAACAUGGAUCAGCUGACUUCAUGCACCGUUCAUACAUGGACAGCGCCAUGCUUGGGCGUUAUGACACACGCUCUCGUCAUCGACAAGGCAGUGAAGGUCACUUGGAAGAUGAUGAAGACGAUAGCAUAUUAGAUGGUGGAAUUCAUAUAGGGGACGAUGACGACGAUGAUGACGAUGAUGAUGACGAAGGAGAGGGUAUUGUGGUGGUGGGGGAUGAAGGUGACAGUAUUUUAGAGAAAACUAAUUCAGAAGACUACAAUACUGAUGGUGGCGGAGACGAAGCUUCCGACAUAGGAGACAACAGCCACGAUAUGGAUCUCACCACACCUACGACUGACUACAAGCAUACCAAAGAACCACCUUCCAAUAAAGUACCGAGCGGUGACUGCGAUGUCGAGUCGGGUGUGGCUGACCAGCAUAGCAGCGAAAGUAACGACGAUUCACUGAGUGUAACCGAUUCGUUCAGCAUUCGAGGUGAUUUCGAAAGUUCUACCUUUCCAGGCGUGGGUAGUGGAGGCAGCAGUAGUACUGCAAACACCCCUGGCUCCACAUCGAACAAGCGCAAACGAAAAAGUCAGAACCCAGUUCGAUGUACCGUGCAAUCGGAUGAAAACUCCUGUGAUAACUCCAACGAAUACGAUGUAGCCGCCGAUUUGUCGCUGAAAAAAUCAGUUCCAAAAGCGAGUUCUGAGGCUGAGGAUAACGAAACAAAGGGUGACGAUUCUCAAGAUAAUGCAUCUUUAGAUUUGUCCAAACGAACUCGAAAAUCCGAGAGUCCAGGACCUACGAUGGCUAUUGCGAAUACCACCGAGAGUACAAAAGUUCUUCCGUCACCACCGCUGACACCAUCAACUUCAACUAGUGAACCCACGGCUUUGGCACGCCCACAUUUAUUUUCCAACACACAACUUAAAUCAGAACCGAUUGACGAAGAAUAUGAACGACAACAAGAUCUGCAGAAUGGAUCUGACACAAGCCAACCACAAGAACAGGAACACUCAUUAGACUUAUCCGCCACACACAGAAGAAAGUCAGAAUAUUCGAUGGACACAAGUACUUUGAAUGCCACUUCUCCAGGUGAUAGUGAAAAACCACUGGCUUCGAUCAAACAGGAAAUCGUCGAAGAACACCCUCUUGAAUCAGAAACAAAGAUAAAUCCAGACGAAAACGAAAAUAAAUUAUUAAGGAUAAAAAGUGAGCUGGUAGAAGAUGAGAGCAAAUUAGAAUGUCCAAUCAAAAAUAAUAAUAACAACAUCGUUCCGUCAAAUGAUGCAACAAAGUGUAGAGACAAGCCCGACAUUCCAAUGGUGCCAGUUGAGUCUCUCCCACAGCAAACCAGCGAUGAAACCAAUGGAGAUUUUUUGUCUGAAGAAACUGAAGUGCCCAUCGACAAAGAUAACCCGCUUAAAUGCACGGCUUGUGGGGAGGUAUUCCAGAAUCACUUCCAUUUAAAAACCCACUACCAAAAUGUGCACUUGAAACUGCACCACAAAUGCAAUAUUGACGGUUGCAAUGCUGCCUUUCCUUCGAAACGAAGCCGGGACCGUCACAGCUCCAAUCUUAAUUUGCAUCGAAAAUUGUUAUCAACGGGCGACAAUCACCAUCACGACAACCUAGCCGAACAUAUGGCAGUGAACAAUAACAAAGGUUUCGGCAGUACUACCAAUCCGGCCUGUGGUAUACCGAAUUCAAUUCAAGCCGAAUUUUUGGCUCGACUCUAUGCCGGUUCUCACGGUUUGCCACCACUCAGCUUUGACGCACUGAAAUCACAUUUGCCGACGGUAAUACCGCACGCUCAAAAUUUCCCAGACACAGCUUUUAUGGCUGAUCCGCGUCUACUUCUAAAUCACCCAAAUAAUCCACUGCUCUUCCCUGGACUAACGGGGCUUCCAGGCUUCACGCAUUUGGCACCUCAUCUACUGGCUGCGCCCUUCAAUGGCCUUAAUCCAUUCUGUCGACGCCCAUCAUCCGAUUCCCACUCACCACACUCCACACCACCACCACCAACUGUAGCGCGUUCACCGCGCUGUUCUCCACACAGCGGAGGACCACCACAACCAAAAACCUUAUCCGAACGAUCCUACCAAGGCUCACCGACUGACUGCGAUUUCAGCGCAGAAUCACCGGCGGGGUCCGAAAAGGCGAACGCGAUACCAAUAAGUGCAACCGCAUCACAUUUGCACCAACCACCGCCGCAACGUCAGACGCCCGAAAGGAUCUCAUGACCAUAUGCAACGCGCUACGCGGAAAUGAUGGCUUACCGACACUGAUAAAGGCGAAGAUGUGAGUGGCCCAGCGGGGGAGUCGAAGACUGACAGAGUCGUCGAUGCGUCCAAUGUAUUGAGGUGCAAUAUUGUAUACUAGUGAUCAAACAUACAAACACACACAAACCCAUAUGUACACAAAAAAACAAACUGGCUCACGCGACGAGAAAAGCUCAUUAACUUAUUAUACAUGUAUUGUGUAUGUGAGAGUAAAUUUUAAUUUAGCAAAUAGCGAGUAUUGUACUGUAGUUUUAGAGCGAAAGAGAUAGUUGCGUUUAUCGGCCACAAUCGCCUGUAUAUUACCAAAAGUGGGGGCAAAUAUAAAUAAUGAAAUUAUGAAAUCGUGUAUUAACAAUUUAAGAGUUUAGAACGAAACAACAUAUGAUAGAUAUAAAGUAUUAAGGGAGUAGUACUCAAUAUUAAUAUUCGAUUUCGCGUAGAAAAAUUUAUGAUAAAGUAUUCUGGACCGUAAGGUGUGUAUGUGAAUGUGUGUGCAACAGCAGGAAAGGCAGCGAGAAUUUAGGUAUCAAUCAAAUAAGUAAUUUUUGGUUAUUGAAGUAAAAAUUUGUAGGUUUGGUCUGAAGGCUUCUAAUAAAUUAUACACAAAUUGAAUGUAAGCCUUUUGUAAUUUAAAAAAGAAGAAAGAUACUUAAAAGCAUCCAAAAUAAUACAUAUACAUAUGUACAUAUAUGUGUAUUGUAUUUUUUUCCUUGUUCACUCCGCUCGGGAGCAUAGGGCCUCGACAAUACUCAGUCUUGCAUUGGUUUCGUUAAUAUAUUUUGCUUUCUAACAGGGUAGGUGAUUAGCCUGCCGCUAUCAGUCCUAAGUAGUGGGAAUGCUCACCUGUCGUUGCUUAUAAUACGUUCACAUAUAAGUUGAUGAUCUACUUUUUCGCGCUUAACUCAAAAUCCGUAAUAAAAAAGCGCGAUUUCCCAUACAAAAUUUAUCUCCCAAAAUCUGAGAUUAUAAAAUAAUCCUAGAUAAUAACGAUACCUUUUGACAUACAACCGCGUGUUUUCUGUGUUAUCGAUAAUUAUUAUUACGAAUAUAAGGAGAAUCAUCAAAAUAAAAAUUAAAUUAAAUGAAAUGAACAUAAUUCUAAUACAAUUUUCAUUAAAUAUUAUUAAUUAUGGAUUCAUUUUACAGAAAAAAGCGAGUGUCCAUAAACGUUUUGUCGUCUUAUUACUUACUAUAAAAUGUAAUAUCGAAUUUCGAAUGCGUAUUACUGCCAUAAUUUUUUGCAACCUCAGUAAACGUCGCAUACGGAUUUCCUCCAACUGUAUUUGUAACUUUAUUAGCAGCCAAUUGCGCAAUUAAAUUAUUAAAUUCCUUCUCUUUGCAUUUUCUUCAUAUCGUUAAUAAUAAUUAAAGAAACCAAAAACACCGAAAUAUUCCACCAAAAUAAUUUCUAUGAAGAAAAACCUCUCAAAGCAGUAUUGACAGCUGAUUGUAGAUUUUGCAGGUAAUCUGUCAUAUGAACGGGUGGAUUAAUUUGGUGGAAUUAUAGGUGACUAAUGCAUAUGUGAACGUAUUAUUACGAACAACGCCUUCUUACUGCUUGAAGCGCCAUCUGUGUGUCACAUUUUUCUGGCAGAAGGAUCACACAGAUGGUUGAGGACUUCGCUAAAUUUGGUGUGUCUGCGCUAUUACCGCGAUUUCCUGCUUCCUCUUGCUGGCGGCACUGAUGCAAUGUGUAACUAUGACUUUUUCUUUGUUUUUUUUGCUUGUUUUAGCAGCCACAAUGCAAGUAAUGCGCUGACUUUUGAGCGGGAGUAAGGAUUGGAAGGAUAAGAUUGUUGGGGUUCAGGAAUAUUUUUUUUUUAUAGAAACUAGGAAAGUCGAGAACCGUGCUGUACGUGGGAUUCGAACCCACAUCCUCUGGGAUGACAGGCUAGUGCAUUUGCGCUAUAUACCUGUAUUUAUACCUGCAACUCCUAGUUGGGAUGUCUAAAAGUAAUUCAUAUUCCACGAUAUUUCGUUUAACUUCCUUACUGAAAUCGAUGAGAUAAAAACCAAAUAUUAAUUGAUCAACUUUUUUACAGGGCCGUAAGUGUUUUUAAUGUCAAUAUUUUUUUAUGUAGACUACUAUAGACUCCAGGGGUGCAUUCGUUAGACGCAACCAUUUAAAAGUUCAUUUAGAUAUUUAAUAAUAUAUUUUCACAGCAAAGAAUGUCUAAAGAAAGAAGGUCCGUUUCGGCCCGUUUUAGUCCGUUUCGCUAACGAAAGUCAGCUAAGAAAUUCACCAGCCAAAAACCAAUUAGAUCUAAUUAGAAUAAGUUAAGAUUCCUAUAGGUUUCAGUGUGGUGAAUUUCCUAGUCGAACUAAUAAAAAUCGGUUACGAUUCCAAUUGGUUGCGGUGUGGUGAAUUUCUUAGCCGAGUUUUACUAGCGAGGAACUACACCUUCGUGCCUUUCUGUUACGCCAAUUUUGAAAGUGAUCUAAAUAUCUAGAGGCUAGUACCAAUUUCACGGCCACCAACAUGCAUUUGGCUUGCCGUGAAAUGUUGUUAGAAUCAUUGAUUGCCAAAUGAUAAGAAGCGUAAAAUUUAUGAGCAUCGCCCCAGAAGUAAUUGACAAAUUUCGUUAAGAAAAGAUUUUUAAACAAAUUAAUGCACUUUGCGAAGACUUUUCACUUAAAAAUGCGAACGAACCGUCAGUUUUCGCUCAAUUUUAAAUGAGAUGUGCAUUUCAAAUAGGUGUUGCCUGCAUCAUGUUGCUGGCGUCAUGUUGCGCGGUGUUUUCACAACGUAAACUGAGUACUACUUUGUCGAGAGAUACAUACGAAAUUUCAGGCAUAUUUCAGAGCAAUGCAAUUUGUAUUUGUAUCAAAUUACCUUAAUCCUAUUAUUUUCACUAACAUUUUUGCAUAGUUGGUGGGAAUGAAGCUGUGGACACUGUUUCAGAAAAUCGUUUCUUGUAAAUAUGAAAAUGGCUUAAGUUUAAAAAAGGCCAACAUAGCUAAUUAGUUAUAGCAGUCAGCCAAUACUGAUAAAGACACGGUGGCAACUCCUCUUCUAACUGAAAGCGAAUAACCUAAAUAACUAGAUUGUGUGAGGUACUUUGUUGUUAUAUGGAGUUUAUUCAGUAUCCUUUUAAAGAGGUCUGGAUCGCAUGAAAAAUGUAAGCAUAUGUUUCCUAUAAAACUUAUAAUUCAUUUUGACUGCGUUUCUUUAUUAAAUUUGUGUUUUUAUAAAGUUCUUCUUUUGUUGCUCUCAAUUAUUUGUAUUUUAUGUUGAUUAUUUAGCUGGUUUUGAAAAUGGUCUGAGUCAUUUAAAGCUGAAAACAAGCAAUUUUGGGCCAGAUUAGUACAGAACUUACAUUUUAUGAUAUAUUUUCAUUAUUCUAAUCAUCGUUCAAAUGAAAACCAUCAGUUAUCUCGUAACAGAUCACUUUCAAAAUAUUGGGCGCAUUCUUCUCCUAAUUGUACUGUUCAAAUUUAGCCCUGAUUAUAUUUAUUCAGACCCACUUGUAGUUUCUUUUCGACUUCAAUAUUUUCGUUGUGUUUCGGUAUUAGCAACGGUAAGCGAGCUUUUAGUAAAAUAGACAAAGUCUCAAAAGCAAUCCCCUCACUCUAGGAAGACGUCCCAUGAAUACAAUUGGGCCAGUUUUCGAUUUUCCAAUAAAAUCUCGCUGCUUUUUUCGGUUGAGGUGUAUGUGUGCACACCAAUACAUGCAUAUUUUGUGUAUUUAAAAAUUAAAUUUUGUAUUUCUAGAACCAGAAGAUAUUUGCAAUAAUUAUUUGUACUACAAGCUUUCUUAAUAAAUAUAAAUAAAUAUCUGAACAUAUACAUGUGUGUGUAUAUGUAUACGUUUAUAAGUUGUUCUUAUUUAAUAUUUUAAUUGAAAAUUCAUUUGUAAUAAAAAAUGGAGUUAUGACAAAAUAACGCUAAGCUCUAGUUAAAAAUUAUGUUCUACAUAAAAUACUGUAUCUAGCGUAAGUUUAAUAUA